AUGAAGCUGCCUCUCUUCGCUGCAGCGGCUGCUGGCCUCGCUAAUGCUGCUUCCCUGCCUGUCGAAAGGGCCGAGGCUGAGGUUGCUUCCGUCGCUGCCGAUUUAAUCGUCCGCGCCCUCCCCAAUGCCCCCGACGGAUAUACUCCCACCAAUGUCACCUGUCCCUCGACUCGUCCGACCAUUCGCGAUGCCUCCGGCAUUUCUACCAACGAGACCGAGUGGCUCAAGGUCCGUCGCAAUGCGACUCUCACCCCGAUGAAGGACCUCCUGAGCCGGUUGAACCUCACCGGCUUCGACACCACCUCCUACAUCAACCAGCACUCCAGCAACAUCUCCAACAUCCCCAACAUUGCAAUUGCGGCCUCGGGUGGUGGAUACCGUGCUCUCACCAACGGUGCAGGUGCGCUCAAGGCGUUCGACAGCCGUUCCGACAAUGCCACCAACUCCGGUCAGCUGGGUGGUCUGCUGCAGGCGGCAACCUAUGUCUCUGGUCUGAGUGGAGGUAGCUGGCUGGUCGGAUCCAUGUUCGUCAACAACUUCUCCUCCAUUGGCGAAUUGCAGGCCAGCGAGAAGGUCUGGCGCUUCGACAAGUCCCUGCUCGAGGGACCCAACUUCGACCACAUCCAGAUCGUCAGCACGGUGGAAUACUGGAAGGACAUUACCGAGGAAGUCGACGGCAAGGCCGACGCCGGUUUCAACACCUCCUUCACUGACUACUGGGGCCGUGCGCUGUCCUACCAGCUGGUGAACGCUUCCGACGACAAGGGCGGUCCCGACUACACCUGGUCCUCCAUUGCCCUUAUGGACGACUUCAAGAACGGCCAGUACCCCAUGCCCAUUGUCGUCGCCGAUGGCCGCAACCCCGGCGAAGUGAUUAUCGAGACCAACGCCACCGUCUACGAAGUGAAUCCCUGGGAAUUCGGCUCCUUCGACCCCAGCGUCUACGCCUUCGCCCCUCUGCAGUAUCUGGGCUCUCGCUUCGAGAACGGCGCUAUCCCCGACAACGGCACCUGCGUGCGCGGCUUCGACAAUGCCGGGUUCAUCAUGGGCUCAUCCUCCACUCUGUUCAACCAAUUCCUCCUCCAGAUCAACAGUACCAGCAUCCCCACCAUCCUGAAGGACGCCUUCACCGACAUCCUCGAAGACCUCGGUGAGCGCAACGACGACAUCGCCGUGUACUCCCCGAACCCCUUCUCAGGCUACCGCGACAGCAGCGAAGACUACGCCACCGCCAAGGACCUCGACGUCGUUGACGGCGGUGAAGACGGCGAGAACAUCCCUCUGCACCCGCUGAUCCAGCCGGAGCGUGCCGUGGACGUUAUCUUCGCCAUCGACUCCUCCGCCGACACAGACUACUACUGGCCCAACGGCACCUCCCUGGUGGCCACGUAUGAGCGCAGCCUCGAACCCACCAUCGCCAACGGGACCUCCUUCCCCGCCGUGCCGGACCAGAACACCUUCGUCAACCUGGGUCUCAACUCCCGCCCGACCUUCUUCGGCUGCGACCCCAAGAACAUCUCCGGCACUGCUCCCUUGGUCAUCUACCUCCCCAACAGCCCCUACACCUACGACUCCAACUUCUCCACCUUCAAGCUCACCUACAGCGACGAGGAACGUGACUCCGUCAUCACCAACGGCUGGAACGUGGUCACCCGCGGUAACGGUACCGUCGACGACAACUUCUCGUCUUGCGUGGCGUGCGCUAUUCUGCAGAGGUCCACCUACCGCACGAACACCUCCCUCCCGGAUAUUUGCACUACCUGCUUCAACGAUUACUGCUGGAAUGGAACCACGAAUAGCACUACGCCUGGGGCCUAUGAACCUAGUGUGCUGAUUGCUACCAGCGGUGCGAUGAAGACCGUGUUGGAUUACUCGGUGUUGGCGGUCGCGAUGGGUGUGGCUGCGUUUAUGCUGUAG